AUGUGGUCCAUUAACAAUGUCCUCAUACGCCGGGGUACCGAGCUGAUCUCCUUUCGGCUCCAGCACCCUUCACAGCCUCAAAUGUAUGGAUUGCUGAGCCUCUCAAUCAUCAUUUUUACGGCCCUUGCGUUUGGCCUGGCGAUCCUUGGUAUUGACUACACCUGUACCCAAGUGGUUGCGACUCUGGCCGCGGUUGAAGACUCUAGCCCGAACACAUACGUUCGCCUCGACAACGAAGAUAGUAACAAUUCCUGCGACCCUAAUGAUCCCCACGUCACAACUCCAUCAAUCACUAAGCCUAUUACUAGCGGCUUAGGCUCGACCAUUAAGCACCUACGCGCCCAUGGUGGAAUAUGGUCGUGCUACCGUGGAUUUCGUAUGUACCUGGCUUUCACAGUAGGGUAUAUAUGCGUGGUUUUCCUAGUCGCUGUUAUUCCUCCUAUUCCGAUCGACUCGUUUAUCGGUUCAGAUUUUGCGCACUUCGCCGGUCGCAUGUUCUCGGCCACCUGGCAGCUUGCUUGGGUUCAUCUUGUGAUCGCCGACAAAUCCCCUAGGAGCUACCACCGGCGAAUGCUUGGCCUCCGGAAAUGGGCAAGGAUGGCCCCUGCAGCUGCGUUGUACAAUUUCCUAAAGAGUGCGACUUUCUCUCUGCCUAUAGCUGCCGCAGAGCUUGCUGGCUGGACCGUCACGAGCGUUGCUACCAAUCAGGGAUAUGAAGGGCUUCUCGGUGUCCUAGCCGCUAGCAUUCUCCCAGCUAUAUUUGCCCUGCUAGUUUCCAUUCCUGCUAGGGGAAUUUUCACCCGUGUGGCUGCUUCUAUGCUGCCCGAAGAGGAUGACCCGGUCGUACCCUUUGACCGCCAUUUUGGUGGCAACGUUUGGCCCGAGACUGAUGGAAGCGGCAAGAUCGGUCUUAUGGAUGCCUGGACCACCUUCGAAUGGGCUUCUCGUAUUCGGUACGUUAAGAUCUUCCUGAAGGGUCUUGCUAUUGAGGUUGCACUAGGCGUGUUUGGGUUCCUUCUGUUGUUAGGCGAGUUGAAUUUGAUGUUCCCUACUAGCCAGGGCUCGUCUUCUGCCUAA